CUACUUUCUUUCACCUAUACGUCUCGACCGAGUGUGGUUGUCGUUGGUGUUCCUUGAAUCCGAAAACUAGAUACUACAAUGGUGGCGGCUAAGAAACAGAAAAAAACCAUCGAGUCCAUCAACUCUCGAUUGGCGCUUGUGAUGAAAUCUGGGAAAUACUGUUUGGGUUAUAAACAGACUUUGAAGACUCUCCGGCAGGGCAAAGCAAAACUCGUCAUAGUUGCUAAAAAUGCUCCUCCGUUAAGGAAAUCCGAGAUUGAAUAUUAUGCACUAUUGGCCAAAACUGGAGUACAUCACUACAGCGGUAACAACAUUGAAUUGGGCACAGCAUGUGGAAAAUACUACAGAGUAUGCACUUUAGCAAUUACAGAUCCAGGACGGUAGUUCUUCUUGGAAUUCUUCCGCGAUAACGAAAAGUACAUUAACUCGAUUUUGGUAAACAGGUACUAAGUCUUUCUAAGUAACUUUUCUGGAACCUGAUUUUUCAUUGAGCAAUUCAUUGUUUUACUGCGAAUUCUUUUACUGUUAGAGACACUAUUUGACACACUAUUUAUACAUAUCGAAUUGAUGACGAGAAAAUUUCAUUUUCUAUGAAAACUAUUAUGGGUACGCUAGGUUGACGCCAGCUAAGAAUGUUUAGUUCAAUAUCUUUGGUCCCUUAAGACUAUUGAUUAUGAAAUUUUGUAAAGCCAGGGCACUAUUUGCAAACUAUUUUUGUGUGUCAAUUUCGUUGCCUAAAUAUAUGCCGUUCUUGGGGUCGGCCAUGGGUACACUAGCUUGACGUCAUGGUAGCGUACACAGUAAAAAUGGUCUUGAUUUCUUAAAUUAAAGAGGCACUAUUUUUUUGAUUUUUACACUAAUUCGGCACUAUUUACGCCGUAUUUAAUGGCUUAACGAAAAACCGUAUAUUGAUCGUGGGUAUGCUAGCAUCACGGACACCAUUUAAGUGCACGAGUUACCAUUAGGUAUAUAUGAUCGUAUCUUUUUGGUGUAUACUGGCAGGUUAUUAGGUAAUUUGGAAAAGAGACGGAUUGUUGACAGCUGGAAAAUAAAAAAUAGGGAGAUUUGUGCGGAGUUUAAAAAACAGUAUUUUGUUUAUUGAUAAAGACACUUCUGGACACAUUAUUUUGUUUCGUUUGGUCCUAGCCAAGAAGCUUAUAUACAACACUGGAGAUUGCAGUGCAAACAAUACCUUGAAGUGAAAAAAUAUGGCCUUGAAUGACGUCACAUAUGUUUGUUAUCUCUUUCUAAGGGUGACCAUGUUGGAAUAUACGUUUAGGAUACAUACUUAC